UGAUUUCAUCCAGAGCAGUGUCUCCUCCCUACCAGGAACAACUUCGCUCACAAGUGUAGAAAAUUGUAUCCCCUGUCUAUACAUUGGCCCGAUUUACAUACAAGUGCUCCCACUGAAUGCUCAUUUCAUAAUUCAGACUGUGGGACUAUUGCUUGGCAGAUAAAAGGAUGGGUGUAGGCAUCUUUUCAGAGUGUGUUUUCUUCCUCAAAAUCAACACUUUUCCAUCCAAAGAAAAGACAAACCUCAAGACCAGCAUAACUUCCAAUGGAGGAGCUAUUUCUAUUGCUAUCAAUGAAAAGUGUACACAUGUUGUUGCAGUAAGUAAUGCAGCUCUGAAUAGUUCCCAGCAGAAGAAUAUUCAGAAGCAUUGUAUACCGGUAGUGAAGCCUGAUUUUAUUUGGAGAUCGAUCCAGGAGAAUCGACUUGUUGAGGUUGGAUUGUGUGACAAUAAAGCAUUAGAGGUGAAGCAGGACCAAGUUAAAGAUGAUAAAAAAGGUAGAUUUCUUGCCAAAUUUAUGAAACAGUCUACAAGUGAUACUGGUGAAAGGGAUUUCAUAGAUGCUGAAGAGUUUGAAGAGGAAGGAGAUGAAAAAGAGCUUCCAUUUGAUACAGUUGUUGCAAAAUACAGCUUUUUCCAAAAAGGUGAAGAGAUGGCCAUUGUGGAAAUACUCUGUUUUAGUGAACAGUGUCCCUUUCCAUUUAAAGUAUCUACAGUGUGUGGAAUACCAGGAACAUCGCAGAAAGAGUUUAGUUUUAACUUAUUUAGUUCUAGUGAGAAGGCUUGCAAUAAAUAUGAACAGCGAACUAAUGACCUGAAAAACAAAGGAUUCACACAGAUUAUUAAAAUUGAACCUGAAGCUGAGUUAAUGGCUUCCCAACCUCUGCAAAAGGUGCUGCUGGGAGAAGCCUUGAAUGUUACACAGCUGUCCCCAGAAGUCGGUGGCUUUGUGGAAUCCAUCUGGACAUAUGCUCAAGGACAUCUUACAUCUGUAGUGUCUUGUCCAGUAGAAAAUAUCAGCCUCAAUGAUGUGAGUAAAGCUGAAGGAAUUCUACAAAAUGUGCGCAAUGCACUGAAUAAGAAUGAAGAUAUUAGAGAAUUUCUGGAUGAGUUUUACCAAUGUAUUCCCCACUGGCAAAGACAGCAAGGAAAUGUUGACAAGAAGUUUUUGACAGCAAAACAAGACUUGUGCCAGCUUAUAAGAGACAUGGUUAACAUUAGUGAGACAAACUCAAAACCUCACCCAAGCCCUGUUGGAAAGUACCGGGCACUCAAGUGCCGAGUGGAAUAUGUUGAUCCAAACACAGAGGAGUUUCAUCGGGUCAAACAAGAGGUUUUGAAUAAUAAUCACAGCAAUGAAGAGUUUCAGAUUUUGCGUGUUUUCCGUGUUGGAAGAUUAACAGAAGCCAGUAAUUUUAGGAGUGAUCUGGGCAAUGUCAAGUCUUUGCUCCACGCCUCAUCACUACGCAACAUUGUUGGGAUUCUGUCCCGUGGAUUGUUGUUGCCCAAAAUAAUUGUUGAUGAAUUUGGCUUGGACAGGACUGACAUUGGAAACCUUGGCAGUGGCAUUUAUUUCAGCGACUCGAUAAGCACAAGUGUAAAAUAUACAGAGGCAUCUAAAUUCAGUGGAGAGCGCCUCUUAUUGGUUUGUGAUGUGGCUUUAGGUAGAACAAAAGAUGUCGGUAAGAGAGAUUACAGUAUCAAUGAACCACCUGAAGGCUUCCACAGUUUACAUGGGGUCCGAAGCGAUUUGUUGAAGAAUUCUCAGUUUAUUGAUGAUGAAUUUGUGGUGUAUAAUGUAAAUCAGGUGAAGAUUAGAUAUGUUGUUCAGUUUUGCACUAGCAAAGACACACCUAAUUUGAGCAGUGAACUUGCAGUAACUUUACUGGAGAAUGAGAAUGAGCAGAUGGCAACUUGUGAGCCCACAGAAGAUGAUCCAGUAGAGGAUCUUCCUGAAGCCACGGUCCCAAAAGGUGGUCUUCAGAGCAAGGAUGGGCAGCAGAUACCGCUAGAGAGCAUUCAUGUCAAAGCUCGAUUAAAGGACCUUGCCGCUCAGGUUAUCAUUUUCCAGACCUACAAGAAUAAUUCCCUCUUUCCAAUUGAAGCUAAAUAUGUUUUUCCUCUCGACGAAACUGCAGCUGUGUGUGGGUUUGAAGCAUUUAUCAAUGGAAAACACAUUGUUGGAGAGGUUAAGGAAAAGCAGGAGGCACAUCGGGAGUACAGAACAGCUAUCAGCCAGGGUCAUGGCGCUUAUCUCAUGGACCAAGAUGCACCUGAUGUCUUCACAGUGAGUGUUGGAAAUCUGCCCGCCAUGGCAACUGUCAUCAUUAAAGUCACCUAUAUAACGGAACUGAAAUGUUCAUAUUCUAGUGUGUCCUUCUCUAUUCCUGGAACUGUGGCUUCUUGGCAAGAAGAUCAAGCACUGAAAGAAAAUACCCAGGAUACCGUAGCAACAGUGGGAAUUGAGGGCGACAAGGCAGCGCAAGGCAAUUUUUGCCUUGACAUGUCAAUUGAGAUGCCUCGGAAAAUUGAAGAUAUAUGCUCUUAUACACACAGCAUAAAAAAAAAACAAACAGAGUGCAAAGCUGUGAUCCAAGUGGAAGAAGGCAGUACCCUGACUGAUGGAGGCUUUUGUUUAAACAUAGGAAUGGAAGAUCUUUAUAUCCCAAGAAUGUGGAUUGAGACCCACCCAGACCAAGACAGUGAGGCAUGCUUGCUGAUAUUUCAGCCUGAGUUUGAAGACUGGUACGAAGAGCCAAAAUUUACCAUCUUUCUUGAUUGUUCAAAUUCCAUGGAAUCCUGUUUUCGGAGUGCUAAGCAAGUUGCUCUGCUUGCCCUCAAUACUGUAUAUUCCAGUGCUAUCAACAUUAUUGUUUUUGGAUCAACUUACAAAGAAUUUUAUCUCUACCCAAAGCGAGCUGAAAACUCAGAAAUGGAAAAGUUCAUUAAAAUGGCCAAACCCAACAUGGGAAGUACAGAGUUGUGGAAGCCUCUACAGUCCACCUGUCUUUUGAGACCCACAUCUGGAACUCAUAAAAUCCUCCUCAUCUCUGAUGGUCACCUCCAAAAUGAAAACCUUGCCUUCCAGAUCCUAAAGAAAAAUAAAAAUCAUAUUAAAUUGUUCACUUGUGGUGUAGGGGCAAAAGCAAAUAAACAUAUGCUGAGGCGUUUGGCAAAAGAUGGUGCUGGAGCAUUUGAAUUUUUUGCAGACACAUCUAAGAGCAGCUGGAGAAGCCAGAUGCAGAAACAAGAUUUAAAGCUCAAAUCGGCUGCAUGUACAGCCAUAUCUGUCAAGUGGAGGCUGUUUGGUACAAAUCCCACUGAACCGAUGCAAGCCCCCGCCAGCAUUCAGUCUUUAUAUCAUGAUGACAUUCUCUUUGUUUAUGGAUUUGUCCCUCAUUGCACUCAGGCCACGCUGAAGGCUUUAAUCAACAAUAAAGAAUAUGAGAACAUCGUUUCAACCACUGAACUACAGAAGACCACUGGAACAAUACUUCACAAGCUCACAGCUCGGGCUUUCAUUCGAGACUAUGAAGAUGGCAUUCUCCAUGAGCAAGAACAUGAAAAUGAGAUGGAGAAACAGAAGAUGAAAUCUUUCAUUAUUAACCUUAGCAAAGAGCACUCAAUUGUGACUCAAUUCACAAGCUUCGUUGCUGUAGAAAAACGGAGUGCUGAGGAAAGUGAGAAUGUAGAACCAAACAUUCUUGAAAUCCUAUCUGCUGAAGACAUGGAUAUAUUGCCAUAUAUCGCUUAUGAAGAUAAAGAGGAGAGCAACAUUCAUGGACUUGAUUAUCGAUUGGAGGCACGCAUCUGUAGGCAAUCAGAGGGAUCAAGCAUGACGUCAGAUGAGGACAAGUUAGAUAGAUCAAUUAUGAUGCCUGACACCGACGAAGAAGAAUCAAGAAUGACUUUAGAUGAAGAAAGCUCAGAGGAAUGUUGCAUGACAGAAUUAUAUGAUGCGUGUUCAUCUCUCCCUCUGGCAGGUGCUGAUUUUACCAGUACCAGUUCCACAGGAGAUAGAGGAGGUUCAACGUAGAGCAGACUUGGUUUUGGCUCUAGUACUGCCAGUUUGCAAGCAAUGCCUGGUCCACUUGGAGCAAGUGAACUUAAAGAGUCACGAUCU